UUGAAAAGCUCCUGACGUCAGGCUGGAAUUCCUAUUGUGUUUAGAAACGGCUCGGGCAAAGCCAGCCCAAGUUCGCUCUCUGCACACCUCGAGCACCUCGCGGACGGCGUGGGUCCGUCAGCUCCGGGACCUGCCGCCACUACUUGCGCGCCCCGGGGCGUAGGACGGUGCCAGCCGCCCACGAGGAGACCCCACUCCUGCAGGAGGCCGAGCUGAAGCGGCGGAGCGCGCCGCCCGCCAGCCGGGGUGAGUGCCCCGGGCAAGGCCGGCGGCCGCCAAAGCCCCCGCGGGCGCGCCCCGGCACCCGCAUGCCAGCCCCGAGCCCCGCCGCCGGGUGCAUGCCUCCCCCGCGGCGCGCCCCCGCCGGCUGCUGCCCUCUGUGACCGCCCUUCCCCGCAGGCGGGCGCCGGCCGGGCUCUCCCCGAGAUCAGCGCACGGGUGGCACCCGCCGGACCCCCGGCGGCAGCGGCGGCGGCGGCUGCAGGGGGCACGGGGCCGAGGCUGCGAGCGCGCGCGCGGGUAGGAUGGACGGGUCCGGGGAACGCAGCCUCCCGGAGCCCGGCAGCCAGAGCUCCGCGGCCAGCGACGACAUCGAGAUAGUCGUCAACGUGGGGGGCGUGCGGCAGGUACUGUACGGGGACCUCCUCAGCCAGUACCCUGAGACCAGGCUGGCGGAGCUCAUCAACUGCUUGGCGGGGGGCUACGACACCAUCUUCUCUCUGUGCGACGACUACGACCCCGGCAAGCGCGAGUUCUACUUUGACAGGGACCCGGACGCCUUCAAGUGUGUCAUCGAGGUGUACUAUUUCGGGGAGGUCCACAUGAAGAAGGGCAUCUGCCCCAUCUGCUUCAAGAAUGAGAUGGACUUCUGGAAGGUGGAUCUCAAGUUCCUGGACGACUGUUGCAAGAGCCACCUGAGCGAGAAGCGCGAAGAACUGGAGGAGAUCGCGCGCCGCGUGCAGCUCAUCUUGGACGACCUGGGCGUGGACGCGGCCGAGGGCCGCUGGCGCCGCUGCCAGAAGUGCGUCUGGAAGUUCCUGGAGAAGCCCGAGUCGUCGUGCCCGGCUCGGGUGGUGGCCGUGCUCUCCUUCCUGCUCAUCCUCGUCUCGUCUGUGGUCAUGUGCAUGGGCACCAUCCCCGAGCUGCAGGUGCUGGACGCCGAGGGCAACCGCGUGGAGCACCCAACGCUGGAGAACGUGGAGACGGCAUGCAUCGGCUGGUUCACCCUGGAGUACCUGCUGCGCCUCUUCUCGUCGCCCAAUAAGCUGCACUUCGCACUGUCCUUCAUGAAUAUCGUGGACGUGCUGGCCAUCCUCCCCUUCUAUGUGAGCCUCACGCUCACGCACCUGGGUGCCCGCAUGAUGGAACUGACCAACGUGCAGCAGGCCGUGCAGGCGCUGCGGAUCAUGCGCAUCGCGCGCAUCUUCAAGCUAGCCCGCCACUCUUCGGGCCUGCAGACCCUCACCUAUGCCCUCAAGCGCAGCUUCAAGGAACUCGGGCUGCUGCUCAUGUACCUGGCAGUGGGCAUCUUCGUCUUCUCUGCCCUGGGCUACACUAUGGAGCAGAGCCACCCAGAGACCCUGUUUAAGAGCAUCCCCCAGUCCUUCUGGUGGGCCAUCAUCACCAUGACCACCGUCGGCUACGGCGACAUCUACCCCAAGACCACCCUGGGCAAGCUCAACGCAGCCAUCAGCUUCUUGUGCGGCGUCAUCGCCAUCGCCCUGCCCAUCCACCCCAUCAUCAACAACUUUGUCAGGUACUACAACAAGCAGCGUGUCCUGGAGACCGCGGCCAAGCACGAGCUGGAGCUGAUGGAACUCAACUCCAGCAGUGGGGGCGAGGGCAAGACCGGGGGCUCCCGCAGUGACCUGGACAACCUCCCUCCAGAGCCUGCAGGGAAGGAGGCGCCGAGCUGCAGCAGCCGGCUGAAACUCUCCCACAGUGACACCUUCAUCCCCCUCCUGACCGAGGAGAAGCACCACAGGACCCGGCUCCAGAGUUGCAAGUGACAGGAGGGCCCCCCAGGCAGAGAUGGACCAGGUGGUGGACAGACCGAUAGGUGUGGCAGGCAUGUCAUCGAUAGCACAGAAGGGCUGUCUUGUGUCCCCCCAACCCUCCCCUGGACAGACUCUGAAGGCCCUCCCGGCACCUCUGCCAAGGCUGGGUAAGACUCCUCUGUGUUGCCUGCUGUCCAGGAGCCAGGGAGGGAGGGUUGUGCAGGAGCCGCAGGGCCGUGUGGGGCGUGUGGAGGCCGCGGCCUGGUUGGCGCGGGAGCCCACGCCCGCUUCUGUAUCUCCCUCAAUAAAGCCUCCUGCUCUGUGCACCCUC